GAUCGUGAGCUGCCCCGCUCCUCGCGUUCUUGCCCGUCAUCGAAUCCCUCGAGAUUCCCUCGAGAAGGCGCACUUCCCCAUCGACGAUCGAAUCCUCGUUCGUGUCUCGUGCGCUCGUGGUCUCAUCAGUCGGUCUGGCCGAGCUGGUUUUGCUUCGUCUGAUUUCAUUCUUCUCUGUCGUGCUUUCGUGCUUUCUUUCCUUCGUCUGCCCCUCUUGGCUAUGAUGGUUUCAAGAGCUUGUGAGGCCGCCCAUGAAAGAGUUCGGACGUCAUUUUUGCUCGUGCUCCUUUGUUGAAUGCGUGGGUCGAAUGGCGUGCCGGAACAUAGCAGGGAUGAGUGAAUGAAGUGGAGUUGAACUGCGGGGGGGCAUGGCGAAGCGCAAAGCUGAAACUCCUCUUCACAUUCUGUCGCCGAAUGAUCGUGGCACUCGAAGAAGCAGUCGCACGACGCCCAGUUCUAGAUGGUGCGAGGGUAAAGAGAAUGACGUUUCUCGAGGCUCCGACAUCUCCCUGAAAUCACCGCGAAUGAACUCGGCUAUACUGCCGGGCGAACUUUCAUCGUGCAAGCAGAGCAGGUUAGGACGCAAUGCCUGUCCGAAUUCAAGCGCCCAAACAGCUCCAAGUAGGGUGGCAAAUUCUCUCACUGACUAUGACCAGCCUGGACGCGAUAUUAGCAUCUCCGGUAAGAACGAUCACAGAGCAGGGCGCCCGCGUGGGUCACAGCUUUCCAAAGGUGUGAUUGAGGUUGAUAAGACCGGCGGGGGAACAAGUUCUCGGGAUCGACACGAUGUGGCAGGGGCUGCUUGCGAGCAUUCUGGAUGCCCAGAUGAUUUUGAUUGUAGUCUCAGUUCUUGGAAGCGAAGUAGGACGACCGCAAGCCAGGAAGCUUCUCGUUGUGAUCCAAUUUCAGGAAAGAAAGACCGGGCUAACGAGAACAAAAAUGUGGUUAGAUCCGGAGUUGAGAACGUCGAAAUCGGGCACGAGUCGAUAAGGAAGGACAGCGGCACUAGUGAUAGUAAAGGACAGCAGAGAAGCAAAGAGGACCACUUUGACAACCCAUCCACGGGGAAGGAAACGAAAGAUGAUGUUUUGCCUGUCAAGCCGAUGAGUGACCUUGAGGGUCAAGCGGGGAUAGAUCAGAGAGGAAAGAAUCAUAGGUGUGCGGAGGAUGGAUUUCUGGAAUCAGCCAUAGCUGUGCACCAGUCAUCGAUUCCGGAAGAUUCCGUAGAGACUGAAGGUCAGACACGAACUGGAAGUGCUUCAGGAGAGCAACUUAGGAAUCAUGAAACGCCUGUGGAAUCAGGGAAGGUGGAUUCAGAGGACACAAAACAUAGCAGGGAGGCGGCUGGAAGAGAACGAAUCCACGGAGCUCCUAACGGUACGCUGCAAGGGGAUAAGCAGGGGUGUCCUUGUUCCAGAGGAGUAGGUCGUCCAUUCGUGGAUGCGGAAGCAGCUGCGCAAGUGCUGGAGGAGGCGUACAACAAGCUUUACAAAAAGUAUCAACGUUCAAAGACGAGGAACUUGGCAGAAGUCGAAGCUCUAUACGACGAACAGACGAAAAGAUUUGCGGCAUUCUCUACAGCCGCAGAUGCUCUUGUUGGUAAAUUGCGCGAAGAAAAUAGAUUUUUGAAUCUUCAACUUCAGGAGACAGGUCUACAAAAAUGUAUAAACAGGUCAAGGUUAUUGGAGGAUCAGUUUAUUGAGUGCAAAAACGACCUCGUCAUGGAGCGUUCUAAAGUUCUGGAGCUUGAACGAGAGUUAAGAGAAGCUCAGUCAUGUAUAUUGGAGUUGAGAACGACAAUUGGCUCUCUGUUGAACUCUACAUCCAAUGUCACCACUGUACUACAACCAUGUGAAGCUCCUCACACUGUGAAGCUGGGAAUUGAAGAUAUCGCCGAGCCGGGAUCGAGGGACAUGGAAACGCUUCGGAGUUCGGAAACUCCUCCUCCCUUCAGUGUAGCAAAAGACGAGGUAACGGAGAAAAAUGUGUCCGCGGUAGAUUCUGGAAAUGCUGAGUUGGAAUUUCCAGCGGAAGGUGCUCUCCAAAUCUCCCACCGGACGGAGGUUGAAGCUUGUGCUCGUCAAGCUAACUCAGGACAAGUACAACCUGGACGCAACGUUCAUCUACUCCUGCACAUAUUGCUACAAAAUCUAACUCAGAUGACACCCGUCAUCGACGGAGACUCCCGUCAUAUUACUUUCAUCCACGAAGAAAGUGGUUUCUCAUUUAAGCUGGAGCAGAACAACCUUUCCAAGGCAGUAGGAGGGAAUGAUGCCCUUCUGUACCGAGUAAUGGUACCAGGGACUCUUAUACAUUUGGCCCCUGAAUGGAUGAAGUCGGAAAUUGUAUUUGACGUUAUACAAGCACAUGUUUUUUUUCAGCGGAUACUGACUAUUGCACAUGGGUUUCACUCAAAUUGAGUGGCGACCAUGACAAUCUGUACCAUAAUUUCAAUGUCCAUAAUAAAUUGGAGCCCACCCUGACAAUGAAGGUGCUCAUCUU